AUGACUGAAACGUCUUCCCUUGGAAAUGCCACAACCAUCUACGUUGGCUUUGGCAGCAACAUGUGGAAGCAACAAGUAAAGACUCGCUGCCGCACUGCAGCAUACCUCGGCAUCGCCCGUCUGCCUGGCUAUCGCUGGUUCAUAGCCGCUCAGGGCGGUGCCAACAUCACUCUGGGGUCCGACGACGACGAUGAGGUCUGGGGUUUGGCAUACUCGCUGCAGCCCAGCGACGAAGCGGAGCUCGACGUAAUUGAGGGCGUGCCGACUCACUUUACAAAGAACAUAAUCCAGGCUCAGUUGUGGGAGCCGAUGGCAGCGGACGGCACUCAUCGAGCGGAUCCUGCUCAGCCAGGCAGGGCCGUUGGGGUGCUCGUGUACAUGAGUCAUGAGCGGAUUGCGACUGGGAAGCCGAGAGACGAAUAUGUUGUCCGCAUGAACCAUGCGAUUUCUGAUGCGUUGAGCUCGGGUGUACCUCUGUCAUAUAUUGAGAAUGUGUUGCGCAAAUGGAUUCCUGAUGAUAGUGUCGCGUAG